CAGCUCACACUAAGCUCAGCCCGACAUACACACACACACACGGAGGGAGUGUGACCGUGAGCAGAGUACACGUAGACCGGGUCGAUCAAUUAUGAAUUUCUUCCUGGAAACAAUCCAAGUGCUCCUGCUCUCCAUCUGGUACAAUGUGGAGUCCUUCAUCCACCUCUUCGUGCCCAGGAAGAGGAAGAACAUAGCCGGCGAGGUGGUGCUGAUCACGGGGGCAGGCAGCGGAAUCGGUCGCCUCAUGGCUCAGGAGUUUGCGUCUCACGGCACCGUGGUGGUGCUGUGGGACAUCAACCAGGAGGGAAUGAAGGAAACGGCGAAACUGGCCAAACAGAGCGGAGCCACCAAAGUCCACUACUAUCUGUGUGACUGCAGCGACAGGAACGAGGUUUACAGAGUGGCCGACCAGGUGAAACGAGAGGUGGGUGACGUCAGCAUAUUGGUGAACAAUGCCGGGAUUGUGACGGGAAAGAAGUUCAUGGAUGCUCCCGACUCUCUGAUCGAGAAGACGGUGGAGGUCAACUCCAUGGCUCACUUCUGGACGUACAAGGCCUUCCUUCCUGCUAUGAUUGCCAACAAUCAUGGACAUCUGGUCAGCAUUGCCAGCUCUGCUGGACUUAUAGGAGUCAAUGGAUUGGCAGACUACUGUGCCAGUAAGUUUGCAGCAGUAGGCUUUGCAGAAUCAAUUGCUCUGGAGCUGCUGGCAAAUGGGAAAGACGGCAUCAAAACCACCAUCGUGUGUCCGUAUUUCAUCAACACUGGGAUGUUUGAUGGAUGUCAAACUAAGUGGCCAUCUUUGCUGCCAAUCCUGAAGCCAGACUAUGUAGCCAAGAAGAUCAUCCAUGCUGUGCUCACAGACCAGGUGUAUCUUAUGAUGCCCAAGAGCAUUUACCUCAUCGCUUCCCUCAAAAACAUCCUCCCAAUGAAGCAGGGCAUCCUGCUGGGACAGUACCUGGGAGCCUUCAACGUCAUGGACAGAUUCACGGGACGCAACAGGAAACAGGAGUGAGGGCCGAGUCAUCCACAUCAUGAACAACCUCUUUCAAUCUUUUUUUAAGAAAAAAAACCUGAAGUGCAGGACAGAAGAGAAGAACCAAGGCUUGUACUGGCUACACAUUGAAUACAAUUAUUAUCUCUCUAUCUUACACUAUAUAAUCCAUAUUUUAAACUUACAUAUUCUUAAUGUGCACACUUUUAAAUUACAUUCCCCUAAGUACAAUUAAAAAGUGACCUUAUCAGGACUAUUCUUAGUGGGAAUUUUAUAUUUUCAAUGUUCGUGUCAUCACCCAUUGAAGACUACAGGCCUUGGCACACUCAGCACCCCCCUCCCCCAUGUGAUUUGUUCACCUUUUAUUAAUAGCUAUUAACGUUAAAACAUUUUAAUCUGCUAUCCAAUCAAUGCGAGAAUUUGCUGAGGGAUAUUGUGGGGUACGACCGGUCUUGGAUGGACAGGCUACACUCGGUGGAUUAAGUAGAUUAAGCCUUAAAAUGUUAAAGAGUGUAUACUUACAUUUGUUCUGUUGAAAAAAUGUAAAAGAUUCAAGAGAUAAAUCAUUUUAACAUUAUAUCAACAACGUUAUGUCGCAGUAAAAACCAUUUGCCUUAGCCAAGUACUAAUACUCAGGUACGGUGAGUUUCUCACAUCUGUGGUUUGGACCAAUCAAAGCUCAUGAAGUGACCUCAGACUGACCGCGAUGUGUCAGAACUUCAUUUACAAACUCAAAACAAGACUGUUGAAACAAGUAGCACGCCGCCCCAACUGGCAAACAGAAACAAACUAAACAUGUUGUUGUCGUCGUCGCCCUCCCCCUCCCCCUCUCAAACUGAGCCCCGAUAAAAAUGUCAGUUAAAUUAGCAGUAAAUUAGCAUAGCUAAUUAGAAGCAGUAUGCCUCCUUAGGUUUCCUGGUGAGCACAAAUCAGACUUGAACUACGUUUAUUACCUCUUUUAUUUCCUGCAGCGAUGCUCGUGUAUUUGGGUCAUCAAGCUAAUGCUAAUUUGAAAAGCUUCACAACUUAAUGGUUCCACGAGCAGCACGUCGCACAGCUGUGUUUUAAUGUUAGCCCACAAUAAUGGAAGGAAAGCAUCUUUAUUGUCAUUGUACAACUGAAAUUGUAGGAGAAUGGAGGGUUGAUCAGAGCUACUGCAACUCACCGCACCAUCACAAGGGACCAACCUGACCGAAUGGCUGCUAGUUGUCUGUUUUCUUUCUUUAUUUUUCCGUCACAUGAAGUUUCAAUAUCACUGUGUUUAUUUUCAUUAAUGUUUACUACAUUUCAAAAUUCAGAAGUUUCCUGACCUCAUAUUUUUGUUGUUGAAGUAAUAACCAUAUGUUUUGCAUUCAUUUCCACACACAUAUUCAUGGUCCUUUAUUAACACUUCACACACACUAUAUGGACAAAAGUAUUGGGACACCUGACCAUUAUGCCAACAGGGAUUGUCAUGAACAAUAUGAUACUUAUAUAUAUAUAUAUAUAAUAUAUUUUCACAGCUAUAACAGCUUCCACACAUUUUGGGAAGCCUUUCCUCAAGUUAUUGAAGUGUUUCUAUGGUGAAAUUUGUGUCCAUUCAUUCAGUAGAGCAUUCAAGUUCUUCCACACCAAACUCAAAGUCAAACCAUGUCAUAUUAGUCCUUCGUUGACCACGGGUUCACAGUCAUGUUGGAAUAGAAAAGGACAAACUGUUCUCCUCAAACUGUUGCCACAGAGCAUUGUCCUUCACUAGAGAUGAGGAGCCUAAAGCCUAAAUAACCAUUUCAGUAAUUAACAGGUGUGGCCAAAUACCUCUGUCCUUGUCCAAGACUGGACAAGAUUGACAAUGCUGACAAGACUGAUUAUUGCCACGAGUAAUAACUGAGACACAGUAAUUCGGGAAAUUGCAUUAAUUGAGUUGAGAAAUUACAUCUACGACCUGAUCCCCUGGUGACUGUACGCCAACUUUAAGAAGUUACCUUCCUGAAGUAUGCAUGUGAUGCAAAUGUAUAUUCUCUUCUGUCCAUCUGUGCAUGUGAACUACCUGUAACUAACUAAAGAACUCUCAUUUAGAAAAGCCGUCAAUAAAUUGUACUCCCUCCA